GAUAACCCAUAUCUUAAACAUCUGUUGCUGUGUUGUCGGCCGUUUUGUUUUGAUUCCUUUUGUGUUGUCCGCCUUUCCCUUUUGAUUCCAUCUUUAUUUCGAUUUUCUCUCUGUGCUGUCUUUCUUUUCAGUGUUGCCAUAUUGUAAUUUUAUUGUGCUAAUUCAUUUGUGCUUGGACACCGCGUGCUGUGGAGUGAUGUAGUGAUUGCAAAAUAAAGAAAUAUUGAAAAAUUGGAACACAAAUACAACUCAACAAGAAAUACAAGCAAAAUGUCCACCUCAUUGUUUGAACAACUGCAACGUCUAAAGGCUCCGCAGUCGGGGGUCAUUGCUGAUCCCAAAAGGCGAGCUUCCAUUCUUUUUGACCCCAAGGAGGCUGCCAGUAAAGAUAGACGAACCAUCUAUGACUUGGGUAUUCACGGGCUGCAGGAGCUAAUUGUUCUUAAUCCAGCAUUCCAACAAUUUGAGCAAACGCUUUUCGAUGAGAACACAUUGCAUAUGGAAAGAGCUGUGGAAGUGAAAGAAGUCAAUGACCUGUUGAAUCGGAAUAUUAAAAAGUUUUUACAACAUUUAAGUCCUUAUUUUCUGCUAAGACCAUCUCUACUGUGUUUGGAAUGGCUGGUGAGACGCUUUCAGGUCCACGAAUAUAAUCGUAAUGAGCUAAUGGCCUUGGUGCUGCCGUACCACGAGACAAAUGCUUUUGUAAAGGUUAUACAAACAUUCAGUCUAAAAGAAUCAGUUAAGGAUUGGAAUUGGCUAAAGCCCCUUCAGAAACCAGGCAAACCUUUGGCCAAGUCUGCCAUCCUUAACAGAGCAGCCACGGACAAAGGUUUUCUAAAUUUUGUUUGCAAAAUUACAACAGAAGCGAUAAAGGAACUGGGUCCUCAGGCCCAUUUGCUUCAAACACUGAUGAACUUUUAUGGUUCAGUUGUAGUGGGCGCGUUGGAAACAGCCAGUGUUAUACAGGAAUGGCAUAUCACCACGAUAUUGCCAUCACUGAUGAAAGGUCUAACUACGAACACCAUUGAUUUUGCUUCAGCAGCAUAUAUUAUCACUGCUCGACUAGUGGCUCGCACCUUGGUUACUGCCAAAUUGUGUAACGCUCUCAUAAGCAAAGUGUCAAAUGUCCAAUUUGAACGCCUCAGACGAACAGCCGUGCUCCUGCUUAUAUGGAUUUUCGAUAGCCAGCAGGCAUCACAACCAAAAUUCAGUGAAGAUACGUUGCGUCAUUUGGUGCGACAGAAAUGGUUCUUAACAAUUCUAUCGGACUUGUCUAGGGAAAAUGUUGAUAUACAAUCAAUUUGUCAACCCAUAAUAAUGGAUUCUGUUCAUUACAUACAUACUCAAAGCUCACAAUGGGAAGAGUACAAGAUAUUUUUGGAAAACCUAAUUCAGGAGGUUGUAUUUCCAACAACCACUGCUCAACAGGUCAUAAGCACCUUCUUGGAUUGCUAUGUUCCUUCGACAUCAUCAAACGGUCCUUCACCUCAAAGAAGUAGUCCAUUGUUGGAUGGAGAUAUCAUUGAACUGGACUCUGAAGAUGACGAUGUCACAAUGACCAGUACCAAUUUUCAUUCUUGGUAUUCCAGCUAUUUACAUAAAUUGGAAAGACAAUAUCCUACGGUAUUCGAUAUGACCAUUAAGGAAUCUUUAUCGAGCAAAGAAAAAGAAAAUGCCAAUGGCCGCAGCAUAGCCAUUAAAAUGGCUUUGGGUUAUCGCCUUCAGUCUUUUGGCAAUGCGGCUUUCGACAUCUAUGAAAGUCUUUAUCACCAUAAUGGUGAAAUCCGUCUCUUGGCCAUUCAAAAUUUGGUGACAAAUCUUAAAGUCUAUCAAAAGCGUCCACAAAAUUACCAACUACUCAAAGAAUGCCUCGGUGAUCGCAUUGGUGAUGACAAUGCUGAAAUUGUUGCUGAAUUAUUAAAACUUACAACGGAAGAGAUAUUGGAAAUUCUGGGAGCGGAAAAAUUUGUUGAGGCAUUAAUAGCAAUUUUGUAUAAAAUACAAAUAGAACCAAAACAGUGGUCACAGUUGACGUUGGUGGUUGUUAAGCACUUAACAAAGGACGUGGUUAUCAAGCAAUACGACACCAACUUAAUAUUUCUAGCAAUUAUGCCAUUAUUAUUCCCCGUCGAUAGUGAGGCUACCUCAGUAGAGACUGUGAAGGAAAUUAUCAAUAGUCCUCUGACUACAUAUGUACCAUUUUUGAAAAAAUUGGGUAUACCAAAGGGCCAUAAAUUUAAUGUUGCCGAAUUUAAACGACAAUUUUUGGAUGUCGUAAGUGAGAGCCAUGAAAAAAAGCCUUCGUUAAUUGCCCUAUUCGAAAGCGUGGAAUUGCAAGGUGAAAAUUAUCUUAAACACGCCAUACAAGUGUACCAUUUCCUAAUGCUGGUAACGGUAUGCUUGAAAGAAACUUUUACAGCCGAGAAAAGUUUGCAAAUAUUUAAACAAAUUAGAAAAUACGUCAGUAAAUUUCCAAUAAAACAUUUGGACUACUCGCAAAGUGAUAAAUCGACGAAUCUAUUGAAUUUUAUCCCAAUGCAAUUGUUUUGUGAUUUCUUAUUGGCCCUAACAAAACAUACUAAUUUGGACAAGAUAUCUGAUUGUUCCUGGGAAACGUUAAAGAAUGCAGAUUUGGAAUAUUUACUUACUGUAUUCGAAUUUUUGGCCAACAAAUCAUUCAGUUUGGAUUCUGAACAAAAGGAGUGGUCGAAAAUAUUGAAGGAAUUGUUUGAUUCGGUAUUCAAAAAUUCAAUGCAAAAGUUAUGUUUCUUGCUUGAUUUCUAUGUUUAUGAAGAACAUGCAGCUAUAGUGGACUACCCUGUGUUGCGUGUAAGAGCUUUUAAGCUUACUCAAACUUUACUAAAAAACAACAAUAAGCUGAAUUUGGAAGUCCUCCAUGCAUUAAAAAUAACCAUAGCCUUAUUAAGCCCGUCACAGGUCGUACGUUUAGAGGCUUUGGCAACAUUAAGAAUUCUAUUGAAUGAAGGCGGCUCUACGCUAAAUGGGGACUUACAAGUAUUUGUGAAAUCAGCACUUGAGCGGUCGGAAGAGAUAUCCAUGGAUGCUGAGCAAUAUCCCUUAGUUUUUUAUGGCCUUUUGAAAGGUUGUGAAAAGAAGCAUAACUUAGCAAUGAGCUCCAAAAUUUUGAGAGGAAUUUUAGCCAUAUUUGCCCAAAAUGAGUCUUUGGAGCAAGCAGUGUUUGUGGAAAAACUUCUCCGUAUCAUAGUCCACAUAAGUGAUGAUAAGGACAUUGUUAAUAGCGUCAUUCCUUUGGCCUCGAGGGCCCUGCAACUCUUUACUUUGGAUCAAUCCGUGCAACAUUUAAAGGAACCACACGCUACUAUAUUCCGGUCAGUGGUUGAACGCUUUAAUACUAAACAUAUUACAGAAAUUUUAAAUGGUAAUCCUAAAGCGUGGGCGUUAAUUGAAAAAGUGUUAAACAGCAGCAUGGUAUUCGUCAGCAGCGAGGAUGGCAUGAAAUCAGUUACAUGUGUCUUUUUGGAAUCCCUGAAUGAAGUCACCUUCGAGAAAAUGCCUUCAAAAUACAGAGACCAAUUUUUGUUAUUGCUCAUCCAAAAUUUGGCUGGUGCUGAGAAUGACAGUACCUUCUUGGCAGCAAAUAAACUAUUGAAGAAGUGCUCCUUGAAUUGUGAACCAUUGCAGGAAAUCAUACACAACAUGUACAAGGCUUGUUUGGAGAGUAGUAAAUCUUCAACUCCUCGCCGCGGCGCUAAUAAAAGAGAAAGUAUGCAGUCGCCCGUUGUACAAGUCAAUGGCCUUGACUGGCAGCAAGGUGUGGUUUUAAUGGAAAUUUUGGAGAAUAAAAAGAAACUAGAGAAUGCCACGGUGUUGAUACCUGUCCUUUUUGAAUUGCUUAACUGUUGCCUGGCCGUUGAGGAGCAAACAACAGUGGAAUAUACCAAACAGUUAGUUUUAUCUGCUUUGCUAAAUUGCUGUCAAAAAGCGACCGAAAAUAAAGUUAAUUUGCAAACAGCAUUGCCCAAGGCAACCUUCCGAGUGGAUCAAAUUGUACAGUGUCUUCGCGCGUCACAAAAUCCGCAAACUCAUCACAAUGCCUUGCUAUUGCUUUCUCACUGUGCUGGCCUGUUUCCCCAACAAGUAUUACAUAAUAUCGUGGACAUUUUUACAUUUAUGGGUUCUUCUGUGGUUCGCCAUGAUGAUGCUUUCAGUUUUCAUAUCAUCAAUGACAUAAUUAUAUCUAUUGUGCCGAUUUUGGUAAAGGAUAAAAAUGCAGUUGUACCAGUACUCAAAGUUUUCUCCGACAUCAUGCUAGAUGUUCCAGAACACAGACGUCUGCCUUUGUACACCAAACUCAUUAAUACAUUAGGUUCCAUACAACAUCUUUGGAUGUUUUUGUGCGUGGUUUUUGAGGCUCAUGUAAUUGAUGAUGAAAAACAAAGACUGUUACAGAAGAAAUCGGCGAAAACUUCGGUAGCAUCGGCCGAUCAAAUGUCUAAGAGAAUUGAGAUUGUCCUAGAACUAACCAACACUUUUGCUCCCGACGAGAUUUUGGAAACAUGCGUUCAACUUAUGAAAUAUACGCAGGAGUUACCCAUGCAAAAGCAAGAUAAACCUGAAAAAAAGUCCGUGACUAAUGCCGAUAAUCACGAAGCCAGUCUAUUCGACGUCAAUGCUCGCUCGGCCAAACAGCUAAGACAUUACAAGUAUGUCAUAAUGCAAUUCCUUUCCGCUGUAACCUCGUCUAACGACUUCUUAAAGAAAAUCGCUUUGCUAACAGAUGAUGAAGUAUUGGAGAUGAAAUCAUACUAUCAGAAAUUUAUUAUAAGGAUACUUUCCUAUGUGCCGCAGGUCACUUCGGCCAUUGAAAAGGCCGAAGAGGCAUCACUUCAAAAAUUCUGGAAAGUUAUAUUACAUCAUUUGCAUGACGUUUUGGACAACUCAAUUUCUCUCUUAUCGGCUGAAAUGUUUUUAGUGGUUGUCAAUGGCCUUAUGCAUCAUCAAUUGCUCUCCAUACGCAAAAAGGUCAUCGAGCUUUUGAUUAGUAAACUUCAGCAACGAGAUGGUUUCUUUGAUGCAGUGGACUCCAAACUUUUCAAUGACCUGCUUCAGCCUUUGACCGAAAUUACAAACGGAAUUUUGGAACGUGACGAAAGCAUUGAUGCAUCGCAUCAGAAUGAAUUGGUCUUUUUGCAACAGACAGCUUUGAUAGCCAUUAAACUGUUAUCAAAGUCGUUCGCAUUCAAGCAUAUUCCUGAAUUUAAGGAGAUUUUGACAACCCUCACUAAAAUCGCUCGUCAGCGUACAUCAAUUUCGAAAAUUGUUUUGGCCACAGUUGUUUUGACAAUGAUUGAAAUAUCAUCAAAUUUGAAAGCGCACUCCAUUGCUCAUUUACCCAAAUUUAUGCCUCAACUCAUCGAUAUAUUGCAAGAUCAAGCUGAAUUGGUUCGACAACAGCCACCAGAUAACAUUUGUGUGGCCAUUGUAACGGGAAUGCAAAAGCUAUUUGAGACACUGCCAUUGUUUUUGGGACCCUAUAUUGUGGACAUUAUUACAGCACUCAGUUCUAUUGGCACCCGCAUUAAAGCCCAGAAUAAUGAAAAAGAUCAGAGAUCUGCCACAACUUUACAAAAAAUCACAACAAUUUGGUCGAAAAUAUCGGCAGAGGUCCCAUUGCGCAUUCUUGUGCCUUCUUGUGAUAAGGCAUAUGCCAAGUUAAUGACAACCAAGAAUUUCGCAGAUAUAAGCGUACUUAUGAAACUACUACAUACGGCAAUUGCACGGGCAGAAAAUAAGGAUUUGGUAGCCGUUCAUUCAGAAUUGAGCACAAUGUUCAUGCAAGCUUUAGAAUUCCGGUUGUUAUUAAAAGGUUCCAAUUUAGAGUGCGAAGUAAUAACCAAAACUGAAACUACAAUUGUUGAAGCCCUUGUCGGCUGGGUAUUGAAACUUUCGGAAAGUUCAUUUAGACCCUUGUAUCACAAACUCUACAAUUGGGCUUUCCAGCACGAUAAACCCCAAAAAGAAACUUUGUUAACUUAUUUCUUGUUGACACAAAAAAUAGGCGAAUCAUUGAAGUCAUUAUUCGUUCUCUUCGCCAGUGAAUUCAUUGAAGAUGCUGCCCGCCUUCUGGACGAAUGCAAUACUCUUAAGACGGAAAUACAAAGCAAGGAUGAAGUGAUUACAACUCAACUGUUAUUGGCUAUAUUGGGAACCUUGUACAAUAUUUUCCUAUACGAUAGCAAGGAAUUUGUAAAUGUCCAACGUUUUGAAUAUCUUAUGCCCGCAAUUGUUGAUCAAUUGGAGAAUCGUUUAGUUUUGGAGAAUGAAAGUUUACAAACAGUGCUGGGACAAUGUAUAUCUCAGCUUGCCGUUGAUGUGUCCAGUGAUGUGAUGUGGAAACAACUGAAUUAUCAAGUUUUGCUUAAGACGCGCACCACUGUACCCGAAGUUCGUAUAUUUGCCUUUAAUUGUUGUGUAGAGAUUGCACGAAAACUGGGUGAUGAUUUCACUCCAUUAUUACCCGAAACUGUACCAUUUAUUUCUGAAUUGUUUGAAGACGAAAAUCCUAGAGUGGAGAAGAAUACUAGAAAAUCGGUACAGGAAUUGGAAGUUAUUUUAGGCGAAUCAUUACAAAAAUAUUUGUAAUAAACUUUUUAAAAUAUGAUUUUUAAAUUUUUAUUUUUUUUUUAAUAAACUACCCUACAAAAUAUA